UAUUAAUCACAAUCUUAGUCAACAAGCCAAUUAUGCCCUCGAAAGAGAACAAGGUUAUAAAGAAAAAGAUAAAGAGCAAUUACCGCAUCAAAAGAAAACAAAAGUGAGAGACAAAAGCAAGACUUGUCUGUGAGAGACAGCAGGAGUCGCCUUGUUCAAGAUAUUAUCUCCCAACAAAGAGAAAUCUCUCUCCCCCCUCUUAUAUGUCCUUCAGAUUAUACACUCUCUCCACUUCUUGAAUUCCAUCAUAUAUACUCCUUGUUCAUCUUUCUGUCAUAUCAAUUCUUCAUAUAUCCUUUCUGUUUAAUCUCUCUUUCAUGGCCACUGGUUCAAAUUCAGACACUUGGGCUCAGAACAUCAACUCACAGGACUGCUCGCAAGGCUUUUGCUCCAUAUACUGCCCUCAAUGGUGUUACAUCAUCUUCUCCCCUCCACCUCCACCUUACGAUCUCCCAAACGACGACGUCUCAUCUAACCCUAAUCUCUCCCCUCUCGUCAUCUCCAUCAUCGGGAUCUUGGCAAGCGCCUUUCUCUUGGUAAGUUACUACACUCUCAUCUCUAAAUACUGCGGAAACGCGACGGAGUUUUCGGGGAUCGAGAGAAGUGAUCGGAAUCUCGAUGAAUCGGCCGAGAAUUCGGUCGAAAACCGAAACCCUUUUGCCCAUGAGCCUCCAAACGCCGGUUUAGACGAUGCCCUCAUCAAACUGAUCAGACAUUUCAAGUACAAGAAGCAAGAUCGGCUUGUGAUCAACACUACCGAUUGUUCCAUCUGUCUGGGAGAAUUCAACGAAGAAGAGAGCCUAAGGAUAUUGCCGAAAUGCAGCCACGUGUUUCACGUUGCGUGCGUCGACCGUUGGCUAAAGUCUCACUCUAACUGCCCGCUUUGUCGGGCGAACAUAACAGUGCCCACGCAAGAACUCGACCGUUUCGCGAUGAAUCUGGACAGAGGGUCAGUUGAAGGAAGAGAAGUGAUAGUGGAAGAGACAUCGAGGAUGAACACGAACACGUUUCAUCGGCUCGUGUCGUUGCCGAAGCCAACGAGUGUUCGUGCAUUUGUCGAUCCAGACAAGGGAGAUACGGUCAUAGAGAUCAGGAGGUCUGCUUCUGUUGAUUUCAUUUCUUAUUUUCCUCGGCAACUUUCAGUGGCUGAUGUCCUGAGGAUGAACGAAGAGGACGAAGAGUGUUCAGAUCUUGGAAACCCUACUUCGAUCAAAAGAUCAUUCUCCAGCGGUGGAAUGUUUCUUGGGGCCCAAGGAAGAAUAAGGCCACCCCGACAUCCACCUGUCUGACACUCUUUUUUUUUAAACACCGACACAUUUUUUUCCACAUAUAUAUAUAUAUAUAUAUAAAGAGAUUAUAGACACAAAAAAAAAGUCACUGGAUGGUGAUGAUUCUGAAAUUCAAGAAACCUUGACUUCUUCGGUUGUCUCAGUUCCAGUUUCUUGAUUAUCUAUGUCUAUACGUGCAUGUAUAUGUAUGCCAUAACAUGUGAAAUGACAGGUUUUGCGUUGUGUUUUGAUUUAUAUUUGUUAGAAAUAUUCAUUUUUUUGAUACAUGCAAGGGGAUAGAUACAAUAUCAAAGAUUGGAAUGACACAUCCUGUUUAUACAAUGAAAGUAAGGACAGAAGAUGAGAGCAACGAAAUUCACAAAAGGCAGAAACUUUAUUACUUAGAAGAUUAUUCCAUUUCCAAGUGUAUGAUUAGGGCACUUCCUCUUUCUACCCUAUUCAGAUACAAAUUUACAGAAGAAGAAGACAAACAUUACCUUCAAAGCCCACUGCUUUCUGUCUUAUUCCCACUUUUGCCAUCCUACGAAGCCCAUACUCCCCUAUCUAGAGCUUUCUUGCAUCACAUAAAUAUACAUCACAUGUAUAUAUA